UAAAUAUGGACGUGCAAAAUAAGGAAAAUGAUAAAAUAAAACCAGCAAAAAGUUUGUAUUAUACCUCUAUGUAUCUUUGUAGACAAAAUAAUAUUGUCUUUUUAGAUAUUACAGGAAUAUCAUUUAUAUUAUUUUAUUGUUAUAUAUAUGUGUGUGUAAAACUUGGAUUCUUUCUAGAAGUGAAACCAAAGACCGGCGGCUGCAGAGCUAUAAACAAAUACAAAGGAGAUUGGAAUAAUUUACCGGAUUUGUUGUUGGAAAAUAUUUUUUCUCGUUUGAACCACCGCGAAAAGUAUUAUGCCUCAACCACGUGCCAUUCGUGGUAUUCAGUUUUUAGGUUACCAUAUUCAUGGCACACAUUCAUUUUUGACGAUACAACCCUCACCAGAAGAAAGUUCAAUUACUAUUCGGGAUGGCAGGUGAGUGUGUGACCAAAUAUAUAGACUCAAAUGUCAAAUCCAUAUUCAAUCUCGGGGAAUGGAGGGUACGGAAAUGCAUCACUUACAUCACCAUUACCAUAAUAUCAUAAUCAUGAAAUCCAAAAAUAUUUCUACAAAUAGGUAAUAAUAUUAUAAGUGCAAAAUAAUUAUUUGAAAUAAUUAUGGCAACAACAUUUAAAUUAAUAUUAAUCAUUAAUAUCUCAAACAUUAGAAGUAGGUAUUUUUUCGAAAAAUGUUCAUUUGUCUACAAAGAAUUUUUAUAUAUUGUUUAAUAUAUGGUGUACGCAAUUAAAAUUCCAAAAUUUGCUGUAAUGUUAUAGUAUACCAUAAUUGAUACUCUUUAUUCGUAUUUUCCAUUCACAAAACAUAAACAAAAAAAAAAAAAAUUAAAAGAAUCGAUUUUGAAAUCGACGGUGCUGUUGAACCGAAAUAAACCUCCGAGAUCCGCGCCUAUUAAACUCGUCUCGUAGAAAAAUCGUGUACCUAUAUUAUUUUGUUGCACGUACAGUAUAUGCUGGACCAUCUCCGGGUACAACUUUGCCUCCAGUCGAUCGGCAGUUACAUUAAAGUGUUGGUGUUCAAACCGAUAACGAAUUUUUACAACCUGUACGAAUUCAUGAACAUGAUAUCAUUCUACGCGGAACGUGGUCGAAAAGUCGGGUCCAGGAUAACCACAUUGCAGUACACAUUUCCUUGUAACAUGGCGACGUCCCGUAUCGAUGAGUCCGUUCUGUACGGUACGGGAGGUUAGUUGUAAUAAUUUAUAUUAUUAUUAUUAUUAUUAUUCAUUUACUACUCCUGCAGUCGCCUUAAAACAAUCUCAAAAAUCUAAGAUAACCUUAACCUGGCUGGUUAUCCGCAAUUAUUGCAGCACUCGAUUAUUCUAUAUAACUAUUACUGCUAUUAAUUACUAAUAUUAUAAUAAUUAAGUUGUUAAUCUAUAAUAUUAAAAUCAUAUCUUUAUCCUACCCGGCGUGUUUUAUGACGGUUUACUAUACAGUAUAGAGCUCAGUGGUAUUCCCAAUCCCCAUUGAAUAUAGUUAUAUUACAGAUUAAAUGAAAAAGAUUGACGUCUGUGAAAAUGCCCCCCCCCCACCACGGCCAAAUCGUUUUGGACAAAUUGUAAGUAAAUGUAAGUUCAUUCCCGGAAUUUGUAAGUGGACAGUAUCCACUUGAGGAGCUUUUGAUAUUUGGGCUUCAGCCUCCUCCCUCCAUCGUCAGAUCGUUCCGCACGAAUUGUAAGUUAUAGUCCUUUAAUUGUAUUACAUUAUAUUUUAGAUUCUGAGUGGAGCGAAGAAGCUAUGAUUUUACAAAGAUGUUAAUUUUUUUUUUUUUAAUCUGUUAACUACCAGAAGACUUGCCCGGAUUUCUAUGUAUAGCACCUUUUCUGAAAGAAAAUCGGUGUGGGGAGGUACUUUAAGGAGGUCAUUUUUCGAUUUUCUCAAAAGUUUUCUCAUCAAAUGCGAAAAACCCAAAAAGAAAUGGUAAAAUUUACUAAGUAUAAUAAAUAUUAAGCUGUAUAAAUCUUCCAAAAAAACUUUAAAAAAAUCAUUAAAAAUGGGUUUUUUAAAAAAAAUAGGGCAUAUUUUUGUGUUUAUUGUCGUUUCAAGUGAAUCACAUUAUCUAAAAUCUAAAUUACAUUGAUAAAUAUAUCUAUAAAUCAAACAUAAAGAGAUAAAAUCGAUUGAGCCAACCAUAACCUUGGAACAUAUAAUAAAAUAUAAAAAUAAAUAUUAACAAUUCAACUACGUUUAUUUAAUUUGAAAAAAUUCAACUUAAAAGCAAAAUUAAGUUAAUUCAAACUACCCAACAAAGCAUUAAUAUACAAAAAAGGAAAAUAAAAUGUGCAUUUUAUUCUAAGUAAUAUAAAUCGAAUUUGUAGCUGACAUUUUUUUAGCUUCUUUUAGAUCAAUAGAAAAAAAAAAGCAAUUACCUUCAAAAUCCGUAUAAUGAUAAGUGUAUCAAAAUGUAAAAAGUGAAUUUUGACUGUGAUAUACCUGAUGAUGAAUUUUUAAUUCGAUACAAAUACACUUAUCAUACCAAUACACCAAUACCAAUACUCUUUAUACACUUAUAAUACUCCGGGCGAUGCAUUUAUUCAUUACAUACAUUUUUUAUUUAUAUAUUUAUUUACGAGUAUUAACCAUUUUAAUAAUUUUGUUUUUACUUUGUUAUUUUAUUAAUAAAUAAGCAGUUUAAAUAACAUUUUUACUUAUAUUUUUAGUAAUUUAUACUCCUUUACUUCUAUACAUACUAUAUAAGUGCUUUUACAGUUCUACUGCUAACUCAAAUUGUUGGGCAAUCAUGAUGAACACGAAUGUACGCAAAUAUUUUUAACCAAAGUUCACAACAAUAAAAAGGUUGUCUUAAUAAUAUUAAAAAAAACUUAUAAAUGACCUUUAUCACAUUUUUUUCCUUUAAAUUAAUUCACAUCAAGAUUUUUUCAACUACAAAUACAAGGUGUAACUCGACGAUCUAUCACAUAAAAUACAUUUCUUCCUAUUAAAUUUUCUUAAUUUUUUUUUUAAUAUUUUAAAUAAUUAUGUGCUCAAAUGUUACAUAAUGAUUAUUUUUGGAGGUGAAACAAAUACCUACUUUUGAUUUUCAAAUGGAAACCUGUAUUAAAAAUUAUAUAUAUAGAUUGACUAAUAGUUAAAAUAAAUUUUAGUGUUGAUGUUUUUGAUUUUGAUAAACCAGUUGACGAGAUAUUCCACUUUUAAUUUUGAGUUAAAAGAGAGUAGUGGUGGUAAUUGUAGGCAAUGUUCAAGUUUGAUAUAUUAUAAUAUUGUGAAAAUACAAGUUACAGUAGUUAAAUUAAGAUUCGUAGUGAAAUAUUCGUUAAAAUAAUAUCAUUAUAUCUUCAUCUAACAAUAUAUUGAUAUUCUAACCACAUUUAAACACACGAACAAUUGUAUAGAAUUUCAACAUCGAGUUAAUAUAAAUGUACCUAGUGUAUUGUUGUUUUAAAUAAAUGCGACAUGUAAAACCUACUUUCUUCAAUUUGACUGUAAAUAAACGUUAUUUUAACAACAUCUAAAUGAAUAAACCAACAUCAUAAUUCUACAAAACCAAUUUAACUCUUGGAUUAUUUUUCUAUUUUAACUUUAAUGGAUUGUUGAACUAUUAAGUUAAUACAGUUACACACUGGUGUCACCUUGACUGUUUAAAGCACAUAAUUUGAAAUUUAGCUUUUUAAACAUUUCUAUAAAAGUUAAAUUAACUACAUGCGUGUGUCUUUUCCUAACCGUAGUAGAAAUUGUUAUCGUUUCUGAAACUAUCAAUAUUUCCGGGAACAUAUACAUGUUUAAAGAAUUAAUAAAUUCUGAUGCAUAAUUAUUUUAUAUAAUUACCCAACAUAGGUAAGCUUUUGGAAGCGCUAAAGAGAUUGAUGGGCAAUUUGCCGUUGCUCCAAAGAUUGGAACUGAUCGAUUUGAUGUUGGAGAACGAAGACGCGCAAACGUUAUUGGAUCAAGUAUGUUUUUAUUGUUGCACCACGUUGAAGAUAUUGGUGUUGGUGAACACUACCAAAAUAUUCUGUCAAUUGCUUCAUCCCGGGGCUUUCGUUAAUUUGCAGGUUAGAAUACUGUCGCACUAAUGUAAUGACAUAAUAAUUAACUUUAACGAGUGUCAUUACAUUUAAAAUCGCCCCAUAUGACGUCAUUUCGGACACUCGUUUCUACAAGUUUUAUUUAAUUAUAGAUAUUGGUCAUUAGCCCUCAGAAUCUGGGAAGCGAUUUAUUAUUAAUGUUGAGUCAGACUGGACUCCGUCAGCUACAUAUUCUUCAGAACCGUUACACGCCUAUAGACAUCGAGCCCCUGAAUUAUUUCGACUGGAAACACUGUGUUAAAACGAACUUUACGUUAAAAGUACAUCUUGGAGUGGAAUCAAUCAGAGAAAGGCAGAUCCUGUGGCAACCCGGUGCGCCCGUCUCCAGUAUAAUUUAUAAAUCACCAAACAUACGGGUUAGCUAAACAAAAUUAGUCAAGGUAAAAACGUCCUGUAGCGGAAAAUAUCGAGUAAAAACAGUCCGAUACAAACAAUUAACCAAUAAUCAUAUUUGAAGAUUCUUCAAUUAUUUUACUUCUUGUUAGCCAUCUUUUGUCAUAAAUAACGAUAAUUAAAAUAGUGUUUUGUUCAAAAACGAUUUUUCCUCAUGUUAACUGCAGUCACGUUGACAAUUAAUUUUUAAAUGAACGUUGCUUACAUUUAUUAGUUAUUAGUUAUUUCUGUUCGAAAUUUUUACUGAUAAUAUUAGUUAAUACCAAAUUUGUAUACACCGGACGUUUUUCCCUAGAGCUUUUUUUUAACCGUUUUUAACAAAAUAUACGUGUACGGUGUUACGGUUAAAUUACGAUAAUCGACUUAUUUCCUAUUAACCUAACCGUAGAUAACCAUUGUUGUCGUAGUUUUUUUUUACCAAUCCCUUCGUAUGACCAUAAUACUUAUAUAAACGGCUACUACUGCAAGCAAUAAAUGUCGAAUGAUCGUCAAAUUAAGUAAUCUACCGUAACAACACAGUACAGUACAGUGCUUAUACCUAAUAUUAUGAAAUAAUAAUAAUACGAAAACCUACACUAAAAAAAAAUAUUUUUAAUUUUAAUAUUAAAUCGUACAGAUGAGUGGUGAAAUCUUAAAUAAAGUGAUCGAAUUGUACGCUGAUCAAUUAUUGACGUUUGGGUAUCUCGAUUUACCAAAAUUCUAUCAACCGUCGUCAUUUAAAGAGCGCAUAGACACAAGCUUGGUAAAUUUAAUCCAAACUUGUCCAAAACUCGAGACAUUGGUGAGUUAAAUUUUUUCUUCCAAGCGUCAAAAGCGUGUAUGUCUACCUACAUUCACUCUAUAUUACUACAUUUAUCUUUGUAUUUUUAUGCAGAUGAUCAGAGAAAAAAUAUCUACAUGCACGUUAUUAUUAAUUUCAUAUUAUGGUCACUCGUUAAAAUAUUUACAUGUACGGCGUAAUGCGGUUAUCCUGCGAUGCGAUUGGCCGCGUCAAAACGAUUGGUCUGAACAGUUUUACCUUUGGUUAAAAAAAUCUAGCAUGUCAUACGAAAUAGUGGAAGAAGAAAUUGCAUUGUCUUUAGGUUUAGACAAAUGGACUAUGCUUAAUGAUCGGGAUUUUAAACGGAUAUCACCACAACUUAAUACUUCUUACUUUAAAUAAAAAUAAAAUGUGGGUAGGUACCAUCUUCAUAACAAAUAUUUUAUUUUCAUUAAAAUAACAGUAAUACCAUAAAAUUAAACCAUUGGUACUUACGAUAGACCUAUAAAUAAAAUAGUCUACGCUACAGAUAUAUAAAACAACUAGAUAGCCGACUUCGGUAUUAUUAUUAUUGUCGCCAAAUAAAAUGGCCUCCAUUCUUGUCAAAAAGGUGAAUGUUUAUGUUUUAUAGUAUUGAUAAGGAAUGAUAUAAUUAAAUAUUAUGUACAUUGUACAUUACAUUGAAAAUAUUACAGCCCUCUAAAAUAGCAUCUUAUCACUUAUCAUAUCAGUUUAAUUUGUAAACAGUCACCUCUUAGAUAACGAUUGGUGGCAAUUUUGUUGGACAUUAUAAAUAAUUAUAGUAAUUAUUUUACGCAUCGUAAAAAAAUAAGUACACAUUAUUGAUCCAAAAUAUACCUACUAACUGGCACAUAAAAUACUAUGAGGACGCUUUUUAAUUUAUUUUUACCGGUAUUUCGGUAUGACUUCUAAUAUUUCUUUUUAUUUCUUAUCAAUUGUCGGAGAACGGUCCGGAGCCGUUCCACACCCACUAUCUAUGUCUCAUCGUUCCAGUAUAAUUGAGAGAAAAUCAUAAAAUAAUAAAUCUCAAUUAUUUACAUUAACAAUUUCACAUACCUAAUUCAGUUUUUUUAUAACAGUAACACUAUUUUUCCAAACUCGUAGCUCGUUUGCUCAAUUUUGGCUGACGUUUUCUCUCUUCUACGCGCAGUCAAUUAAUUUAUUGGUCUAUGUUUUAUAGGUAAUAUCUAUCUAUAAAAAAAAACAACUAAGUAGGUAAGUAUACCAAUCAUCGAUGAAUGUAUUAGGUGUACGAUAUCGGCUAUAUGAUAUUCAGUAGUAGGUAUUCAAUAUUCAUAUUUGUAAAUUUUGUCUUUCUUAUUUAUUUAUUAAAUAUGUAAUAAUUAUGAUCAAUAUUCAAAUACACGAACGUAUUUUAUUUAUAAACUGAUCAGAUUUUUUAAUUGCCC